AUUUACAUAUCUUUCAAAAAUCCAACACAGAUGAUUUUGUUGACCUACGAUAUUUUAUUUUUGUUCAACAAUUAUGCAGUAAUAAUUUAAAAAUACCGACAAAACGACACAAAAUCGAAUCAUAUAAUAUAAGUCCAUCGAUCGACAUCAUAAUCAACAAAGACAAACGCUUUUUAAAAAUGUCUGCAUUACAAACAAAAUUAUCAAACUCCUAUGAAAGUUUCUGCAAUUACAUGCAAAAAGAUACAAAAGGCGCUGAAAUCGCAAUUUACACAGCGUCAGGCCUACUCUUUGCAUAUGCCUAUUACAACAUCCGUCCAAUUACAAAGUUCGGAAAAGGUACAGAUAUUCCGAAAAUCUUUAUUCGAGAUAAAAUCACUCAAUAUGGAAAGAUUGAUUCGAUCGAUCCGAGUUCAAAGAGUGGACCAUUGCUUUUGGUGAAUCACAAACCACCGCUGGGAUUUUUAGUUCCUUUCGCAAAACAACUUCCAGUUAAGCUACCCGGUGUGGCUGUAAAUGCCAAUGGUUACUCUUGGCUGCAAACUGUAGCUGUCGGCAAACGUGUUGAAUUCAUUCCCAUAUCGAGAGAUGGUGAUGACAACAGCGCAGUUUGUCGUGUUCUAUUGGUUUGUCCAGAGAACAAGCAGGGACUUAUUGAUGCAUCAGAAGCACUCCUUAGUCUUGGAUUUGGAAAGACAAUAGACUUACCGCAGACAAUAAAUGACGCCGAAUGGCAAAAAUACUACAAACAUUUAAUGAAAGUUGAGAAAAACGCUAAAGACCAGAGACUCGGUCUAUGGUCGACAAGUCUUCCACCAACACCAUGGCCAUUGAAAUUUUCAAAGAAAAAAUUAAAUGCGUUUAUUUUGUCGCUGUUGCCAGCUGAUAGACGAUUGCCUGAACUUGUUCGAUAAAUUGUUAAGUUUAAAAAAUUGCACUUCCUUAAAAAAAACAAAAGUAAAACUGGGGGAUUUUUCAUUUAUAAUUAUAGAGCGACUAUUCAAUGCUUAUUUGGUACUUAGGAGUUUAAUUAUAAUAAAUCUGCAAUAAUUGUUGAUAUGUUUUGAAAUGAAAUAUAUAUUUUAUACAGAUUUUAA